UCCCGCAGCAUUAUCAAGAAAAACUUGGAGGGAAAAGUCGAAACGCUCUCUCAUGGCGCUCCGUCACUGCCGUCCGUUCAAACUCGGGGGAGCAAUGGUGGGCCAUCGAUUGCGACCGUCCAUCUCCAGAAGUUUCCAAUCUCAUCAACUCCGGAUUUCAUGCUCGCAUAUUCCUCACCCUCAGUUUAGCAGGCCAUACACGUGCGUAAUGAUAGUUCCUACGGGCGUAGGCGCUUCCAUCGGUGGAUAUGCAGGCGACUCUCUUCCCGUGGCUCGAACCCUCGCCUCUCUCGUGGAUUGCCUCAUUUCUCACCCCAAUGUGCUGAACGCAGCAAUGCUUUAUUGGCCAAUGCCGAAUGCUCUGUACGUCGAAGGUUAUGCACUUGAUCGGUUCGCAGAAGGGUCUUGGGCCCUCCAGCCCGUACACCAAAACAAGGUGGGCCUCGUUCUUGAUGCUGGAAUCGAAGAGGAACUUCGGACUAGACAUUUGCAGGUUGCUGAUGCCACAAGAGCUUCCCUUGGCUUGCCUGUCGUAGAGUAUAUUGUCACAGACACUCCUUUAGAGGUUGAGAAGUGGGUUGAUCCAAAAUGUGGACAAUCGACCGGGCGGAUUAGGCAUCCUGAUUCACUAUUAAGAGCAGUCCACUCUCUCAUCCAUCGAUCUCAAGUAAACGCCGUUGCAGUUGUGGGCCACUUUCCAGAUGAUGAUAUUGAAGAAAUUGAAGAUUAUAGACUUGGGAAGGGAAUAGAUUUGUUAGCAGGAGUGGAAGCAAUCAUAAGCCACUUAGUAGUGAAGGAGUUCCAGAUCCCUUGUGCUCAUGCACCUGCAUUGGCACCUCUUCCUCUAAGCUCAUCCUUAUGCCCAAGAUCUGCUGCUGAAGAGAUAGGAUACACAUUCUUGCCAUGUGUGCUUGCUGGACUGAGCUGCGCACCCCAGUACAAAGUGAGGAAGUUUGGAUCGUCGGAUCAUGGCUGCAUAUUGGCAAGCGAUGUUGACAGUGUAAUUCUUCCUAUUGAUGCUUGCGGAGGGGACGGCACUCUUGCUUUUGCAAGAAGUUCUAAUAAGCCUCUGAUAAUUGCUGUUGAGGAGAACGAAACUGUGCUUGAAGAUACUCCUGAUAAGCUCGGAAUUGAAGCGGUUAAGGUCUUGAAUUACUGGGAAGCUUUGGGUGUGAUUGCAGCUCACAAAGCAGGGAUUGACCCAAAAUCUCUUAGAAGAAAUGGAAUCAGUAACAUCAAAUGCUCUUCCGCCGGCGUUCCAUCCUCUAAUAGUUCUGUAGCUUCCACUCUCAAUCCAUUACUUGAUCCAAGAUAACUGAUUUUUUUCCUACAAACGAAAUUCAGGCUGUUGGUCAGGUGGGCCAUGCCUUGCAUACACCAGUCUGAUCAUCAAGUGACUUUGGUCAUCAGGUGGGCCAAGAAAAAAACAGAACAACGGUCCACAUUCGGUGCUGCGCACCUGAUGACUAAGGGCCAUGGCACAUACUAAGUGGGGCCAACCUGAUUAAAGGCCCAUGUUGGUAUAUGGCAAGAGAGGGUUCGAGCUUCCAUAUUUCUUCACAAGCAUGUUGUAUUGCUUGGAUUGGCGUCGUCAUCCAAUCUACUUCUCAUGGACUAUCAGUGCAAGGUACUCGCAGCUGGUUUUUCGAAGACUUAAGCAUAAUCAAACAGCCGAAAUGUCAAGAUUUCUUGGAUUUUGCUGAAAUCAUUAUCAUUUGAGAAGUCGUUUCCUUCUUGUCACUGCAUUUCUUUCCAUUUGUAUUUGGGUGUGUUUGGAUGCUCAAUCAAACUGAAUUACAAUUCAUUAAGUUCA